AUGACAGGUCCCAAGGGUGAUGUCGAUUACAGACGUGUAUCAUUGACUGGUUAUAACGCGGUUCCCUAUAACAAGUGUUUAGCUCAGCAAAGACAGAGAGUCCUCCUCAGGCUUAGGACUUGGGAGUGUGAGAAUGGUUCGAUACUUGGCCAACCUACACCGUAUACCGGGUACGAAUCGAGCACCUGGGGUAAAGUGGAUGUACCCGGUAGAGACAGGAAAGGCCAGGGAGAGCCGGCAUUGACCGUGGAGACUUCGCAAGCCGGGAACCUGUUGGGUUUAGCCUAUUAUCAAGCUUCAAUGCGCUCGGCAUUGACUAUAUCAGAGUUCGAGGGAUUUGUUUGGGCAGGGUGUCGAGGCGAGGUCUGGUGCGGCAGAGGCAAAGCCACCUGA